AUGUCGGGUUCCGGUGGAGUUACGACGGCCAGAGCCCGCGGGGACGGCCGAUUCUAUGUCUCCCCAGCCAUGCGCAAGCCGCAUGAGCAGCUUCAGCAGCAGCAGCAGCAGAGAAGGAGGCAUCAGCAGAGUAUUCAGCAGCAGCAACAACAGCAACAGCAAAGGCAGCAUCAACAGCAGCAACAGCAGCAGAAGCCGGCGAAUCCACCGAUGAAUGGUACUCCGCAUGAGAUCGAGAAGAGGGUAGACGCCGAUCAAUGCCGUUCGUCUUCUACUUCCUCCACAGCCUCAAAUUCGUCGGUCCCUGGGAGACGGAGUACGGAUGGUGUACACACCAAUUUGGAUCGGUUCUUGGAGUUCACCACUCCCGUGGUUGCUGCGCAAAUGCUCCCUAAGACUAGCGUUAAAGGAUGGAGAAGAGGUGAGGAGCAUCACCAACAGCCGUACUUUGUUUUGGGUGAUUUGUGGGAGUCUUUGAAGGAGUGGAGUGCAUAUGGUGUUGGAGUUCCCCUCCUUUUGAAUGGCAGUGAAACUGUCAUCCAGUAUUAUGUCCCUUACCUCUCCGGCAUUCAGCUGUACAAAGAUUCGUCAAAACAAUCCACAAGGCGAAGGCACGGUGAGGAUAGUGAUACAGAAUCUUCACGGGAAACAAGUAGUGACAGUAGCAGUGAUUAUGGAGGAGUAAAGCAUGGUGCAUCGGGGCCACGGAACCAGCAAAAUGGCUUUGAUUCUAAUGUGCCAAACCUAAAUGGACUUCCCUUGAGAAGUAAGCCGUCUAGAGCAUCAUCUAGUGAUGAAAGUGAGGUUUCUAAUCACCCUGGUCAACUCAUCUUUGAGUAUAUGGAGCAUGAAUCACCUUUCCAUCGCCAGCCAUUGGCAGACCAGAUUACAGUCCUUGCUACUCAGUUCCCAGAACUCAAAACGUGCAAAAGCUGUGAUCUCUCUCCCUCCAGUUGGAUGUCUGUGGCCUGGUACCCUAUAUACAGGAUACCUACUGGUCCAACGUUGCAGAAUCUGGAUGCCUGCUUUUUGACAUUCCAUUCUCUAUCGACACCUUCCGCCUUUCAAGGUCGAAACACAGAUGGACUGCCAAUUAACGGCACCCGGAUGGAUGCUCAAUCCGCUGACAUUUCCAAGCUAUCUCUAUAUAGCUUUGGUCUCGCUUCUUAUAAGUUGAAGGUUUCUUUCUGGAACCCAAAUGGAGAUUACGACCCGAAAGUGAACUCACUUCAGCGUGCUGCUGAAACCUGGCUACGGCUUCUUCAAGUGCAUCAUCCGGACUACAUGUUCUUUGUUUCCCACAGCUCUAGCUGGCGGUGA